AAAAAAAAUCCGAGAAGGAGCCGUUUGAUAUAUAUACGGCGGUGGUGGGAAAAUAGUGAAAUUACGGGGGAGGAGUUGAAUCGGAUCUGUGAUUUGAGUGAGGAAGGGGGAGAAAUAUUAAGGAGUAGGUGGAUGAUUCAGGUAUAUGAAAACCCUAAGUUCUUUGAUUACUCUGCUCUUUGUUUUUGGUUCAAUGAAAGGAGAUAGAGAGUCAGAGAGAGAGAGAGAGUCAAGAGAGAAAUCGAUUCUGGUUCUGGACUCUUGUCGGCUUGGCGAUGAUUUAUAUAAACAACUUGGAAUCUUCUUUUGGACAUGGAAGAUCUUAUAGAAAUCACGAGAAAGGUCGAAUCUUCUUUUACUUCCAUCAGAGGAAGGUCGAUCUUGUUUCGAUGUGGUCAUCAUGAACCUUAGUGGCUCGUCUGUGUAUGAUAGACUUAGGGAUACGAUGAUACUCUGGUUUCGAUGUGAAUUGGGAUCUUUGGCUGUGGCCGGCCAUUCAAGAAUCUUUCGAUAUGGCCAAGGGGCGAGGCCGACAGUGUGAUCUGGAGUUGGAUUUAGUCGGGACUACAAACAUGAAAUAAAUGCUAGUUUUGUUUGCUUUUAAUUCCCCCCACCCAAAACCAAAAAAACAAAAAAACGUACACCCAAAAGCUCUGGAGGUUUUUUUUUUCUUUCUCCAGACUUCAAAAACUGUAUAGCGCAAUCUGUCUUAAGGUGAGGUGAGGUGAGGUGAGGUGAAGGUUCGUAGUAAAAAAAAAAAAAAGUUUUUCCGGGAGUGGAUGGUAUAGAAGCAUGAAAAGCAAUGAUGGUGAAGAGCUUCCUUGGAAAGUGGUGUCUAAAGGUAGCAGAAGUUCAACAAGGCGUAGUAAGAAACCAGUUGUACGUGUUGCAGCUUCAGGUAUUGAGGCAGAAGACAAGAGUUCAACUGGCUCAGUAGUAGCAGGAAAAUCAAAGCCUGAAGAGCUUGGGGUUUCUGUUCAAGAUCAGCAUUUCCCUGAAAGAGUAGAGCAUGUUCCGAUAAAGAAACGGAGAUUUCUGAUUCGCUCCCUGUCACCUUCAAAGAGGUCAUCUGGUCAAUGUGAAGGCUCAGAAAAUAAAGCGCAGAUCAACCGUGUUUCGCCUGUUUCGAGAUUAAACCCAAAUUUGAUCUCAGACGUUCAUGAUGAAAAGCCUGAUUGUAGUGGUCAUGACUUUUCUGGUAUCAAGAUACUUGCUGAUGCUGCUUGCAGUACGGAAUUGAAUAAUGAUCUUGCACCAGCUGUUGACCGGUUUCUUGCCGAAGAAUCUGUUGUUCAGCAACAAGAUGCCUCUACCAUUUCAACCCAUGCUGAAGGUAAUGAUUCAUCAGCUGGAACUGCUUAUGUCUCGCAUACUGCAGUUGAUUCCAGUGAUCAGGGUCGGCAAAGCAAUUGCGAUAUUGUAGCGCCUCAGAGAAAUCCUUUAAAAAAUUUGGUCAAAGAGUUGGCUGAUGUGCAGAGCGUAGAGCACAGCAGAGUGACCUCUGGAGGGAUGAUAGCACCUAAAAAAACCAGUAUUGCUCUUUCGGAUGAAUCCUCAACAGAAAGACCGACGGCUAAUGUUGCAGCAAGUGAAUGUGAAACUUUAGCACCUGAUAGUGGAGUUGUAACGAUGUCAGAGAAAUCAUCUGCCGAUGAGCCCACUGAAAGGAACAAGGGUGAAGGCCUUAAAAAUGUUAUCUUCCACUGGGAUUUAAAUGAACCUUGUGGUGUAGAAGAUGAAGCCUCUGGAAGGGAUGUGGAGGGAGAAAUCACAGAGUCUAUUGCCCCUAAAGACAGCGGACCUAUUGAUGGAAGUAAGGACAGUAUGGGUGGAGUAACUGCAUCAGAUGAUCAUACAAAAACUUCAUCACCAUCUGGGCCUAAGGCUGAUGCAGCUACUAAAAAUGAAAAGGAGUGCCAAUCUGGUUAUGACUCCCAGUUUGAGGAUGGAGAGUUGAGAGAACCAUACCCUUGGGAAGAGACUGAGGGAGAAACGGGAGAGGUUGAACAGUUGGAUUACGGGUCUGAGCCAGAGGCUGAGAGAUUCUACUCAAUGGAAUCUGAGAAGGGAAUCUUGGCAGACAAGAAUUUCAGACAUAUUAAAAGUGAGCCUGGUGAUGCACCGAGAAUUGGGGAGGCUAAUGAAGGAAGUGACAUAGAGAAGCAAGUUGUUGUUAACAUGAGUGAUUCACAUCCUAAGAAGGGCUCUUCGUCUCCUUCAAGGAGCUUUGGGUCAAAACCAUACAAGAAGUUGCCUUCACAUGAUGCCAUCCAGAGGAGAAGGCCUGAUAAUUCUGAAGGGUUGAGUACGGUUCCAGAUAGGUUUGUUGGGAGAGCUGACCGGUCAGGGAUGCGUACUCCUGGGAGAGGAGGGUAUUUUAAUGGUUGGGAUUCCAAACGACGCUUCUCCCACCCUAAUUACAAAGGCGGUUCCUCUGGUUUCGGGCGUCCACGGCCUAAAAGCAUGGCAGAUGAUCAAGGUAUGAUGAACGGCUUUGAUGAGUCAGGACCGGGACCAGGACCAGGACCAGGACCAGAUGGUUAUGAACGUAGGCAAUUCUCAGAUGGUGGAUACCGAGGUCGGUUUAGGAGAUACCCAGAUGAUAGGGAUCGUAAUUUCAGGGGUCCUCACAGUGAUACCAACCAAUUUCCUAGUCGGAUGCACAACCGGAUGAGUAGUAAUAGGAGAGAGAGAGGUGGCUCUCAGGUUUACAGGAGAUUGCACCACCCGCAAUCAGAGUCAAGAUCCAGAAGCCGGUCUCCAGUCUCGUGGAAUGGCAGAAACAGAUCAUCUCCUCCUCCUCCAGGUGGGUUUAGAGCAGACGAGAGGAUGAUGGAAAGAGUGAGGUUGCCUUUCCAGAAACGGUUUCCUGCAGAUCAAGAGAUGGGUUACAUGUCACCUCCGAGAAACAGAAUGUCGUCGCCGAGGUUCUUUGAAGGGAGGAACAAUGAUGCUGGAGAGAAUCAUAAUAAUGGCUUCAGGGGAAGGAAGUUCCGGCCUGGGCAGAGAUUUGAUGUCGGAAAUUCUAUGAGAAGACCGAAUUCUGAUAAAAACAACGACAACAACUUUAGACCAUUUAUUCGGAACAGAAGAUUUGACGUUGCGGAAGAGAACAGUACAGGUCUGAACAGGUUUGAGAUGGCUCAGCAGGAGCGGGCUCGACGGUCUGAGGCCACAGCAGAUGGAGGUGGUAAUGAUAUUCGACGGUUCAAGUUUAAUGAAGAACAGCCAGUGGUGGUAGCCAACAACGACAACAACAACAAAGAGUCAUGAUAACAGAUAACGUAAGGGGACACAUUUUGGUUUUUGCCAAUAGAAGAAUCUCUCUUAUGUUAGUUUAGUUUUGUUUGUUAUGUUUGUUAUCGUAAUUUUAAGACAUCGGUUUAGGGAAUAGGGGGAAAAAAUGCCAUGACGUCGUCAUCCUGGUAUUUUUGUUUUUGUUUUUGUUUGAGGAGAGUUUGAUUUCUCUCUUCUUUUUUUUUUUUUUUCUUUCAAAAUUUCUCAUUUUCUUUCUACAGAGGUUUUAGGGUUUUCUAGGUUUUUAAAAUAGCUGCUGGUUUCCUUUUGUGGAAAUGAUUUCUAUAUUUGUAGAAAACCAACAAAAUGAAAUCAAAUAUCUUUUUUUUCUUACCCAUUUUGGUAAGCUGAA